AUGGCGCAAAGAAGACCGCCGCCAGCCACAGCAAUACGAACAAAUGCUGGACAACAAAGAGUUUAUAGACAAUCGGUAAGACUAACCUGCCAUCAAAACAUAUUUCAUUUUCAAACAAAUUGAAAUGAAUUUUCCGCCGAAAAUUUUCACGUAUUACGUGACAAAAAUUCAAAAAUAAAUUUAUUUCCAGCAAAUUCGAUAUGCUCCUGGCGCUGGUGGUGAAUCAGAAAUCUCAUGUUGUGUAAAAUAUUCAGUAUUUGGUUUCAAUGUUCUAUUUUUCCUUCUUGGUUUCUUCCUUUUAUUAAUCGGAGUUUGGGCACAAAUCGAGAAAAACAAUAUAUAUAGUCAUUUGAAUAAAGCAUCGAAAUUAUAUUUGGAUCCAACUUGGAGUGUUCUAAUUGUUGGAUUUUUGACAUUUUCGAUUGGUUUUAGCGGAUGUGUUGGAUCGCUUCGAGAAAACACAACGUUUUUGACAUUUUAUUCAACGCUAUUAGGAUUGUUGUUAUUAGCCGAGUUUUCUGCUGCUGUUUUUGCAUAUUCUUGUCGAGAUCAAUUGGAUACCUAUAUUAGGAAUCUAUUGAAUGAUGUGGUUAGUUUUUUUUUUGAGCGUUCAAUUGCCAAGAAGGAGAAAGCCUCUUUUGAAUUUAAAAAAUUCUAAAUCUUAAUUUUUCAGGUAAUCGGUUAUCGAGAUGAUCCAGAUCUUCAAGUUCUCAUCGAUACAAUGCAAGAAAAUUGGAAAUGUUGUGGAAUAAACGGAGCCGAUGAUUGGGAUAGAAAUACAUAUUUCUCAAUAGCAGCACGAGAAGUUGCCUCACCAGAAGCUGGCGGUGUUCCAUUUUCUUGUUGUAUAAACAGCAGUGAAUUGGAUUUCAAAAAUUUCUACUGUGGACACGGUGUUCGACUGAAGUUGGAGAAUCAAAUCAGUUCUCGAUUAUCAGCUGCACAACGUGUUUUAGCCCAAACUGCCGCGAUUUAUACAGAAGGAUGUCUACCGAAACUUCAAUUAUGGCUAAAUAAUAAUGUUUUACUUGUUGGUGUUGCAAUGAUUGUUAUUGCAAUUAUACAAGUUUUAGGCAUUUGUUUUGCACAAAAUUUGAAAAGUGAUAUUUUAGCACAACGAGCCAAAUGGUAUUAUACUCAUUGA